UUUUCUUCAUGGAUUGGGAGAUACUGGGCAUGGAUGGGCAGAAGCCUUUGCAGGUAUCAGAAGUUCACAUAUCAAAUAUAUCUGUCCACAUGCGCCAGUUAUGCCUGUGACAUUAAAUAUGAACAUGGCUAUGCCCUCUUGGUUUGAUAUCAUUGGGCUUUCACCAGAUUCUCAGGAGGAUGAACCUGGGAUUAAACGAGCAGCAGAAAAUGUAAGAGCUUUAAUAGAGCAAGAAGUGAAGAAUGGCAUUCCUUCUAACAGGAUUAUUUUGGGAGGAUUUUCUCAGGGAGGAGCUUUGUCUUUGUACACUGCUCUAACCACACAGCAGAAACUGGCUGGUGUCACUGCACUUAGCUGCUGGCUUCCACUUCGGGCUUCAUUUCCACAGGGUCCUAUCAGUGGUGUUAACAAAGAUAUUUCUAUUCUCCAGUGCCAUGGAGAUUGCGACCCUUUAGUUCCCCUAAUGUUUGGUUCCCUUACUGUUGAAAAACUAAAAUCAUUGGUAAAUCCAGCCAAUGUAACCUUCAAAAGCUAUCAAGGCAUGAUGCAUAGUUCAUGUCAACAGGAAAUGAUGGAUGUCAAGCAAUUCAUUGAUAAACUCCUACCUCCAAUUGAUUGACGUUGCCAAGAGGCCUUGUGUAGAAGUACACCAGCAGCAUUGUAGUAGAGUAUAAACUUUUUCCCAUGCCCGAUCUUAAAACUUCUAAUCUUUGCAGUGUUAAAAUGUUUUUCAAAUACACAUCAAUGAUAUAUAAUAAAUAACAUUUCCUUGUGGGAAAUGUAUGAUCUUUUAAGCUUUCUAUACAUGUAUUUGUAUAAUGUGAUUCAGAAUAUACCAGUAUUAAAAUAGGUGAGGCAGCUAGGUUCUUUUUCUCAGAUAUAAUUCAGCAAAAUACUAAAAUACUGCAACAAGAUUUUUUUAUUACAUCACUUGAAAAUUACCAGUAUGCUAAUGAUAAUUUGUUCAGAUAAAAUGGUUUAGGUAUAAAUGAUCUGUGCAUGCUGUGACUUACCCUAUGGAUUUAUUCCAAAAUUGCUUAGUCACCGUUCAAUGUCUGUAUUUUUCUAUAUAUGUUCAUUAUACAUAG